UCUUGUCUCCCCAGCAUCUUGCCUCCCCAGCAUCCCUCCCCAGGAUCCCAUAAGCUUCCCUCCUUAGUGUCCCCUCCCCAUGAUCUUCCCUCCCCAGCGUCUUCCCUCCCAGAGUCUUCCUUUCUCCAGCAUCUUCUCAGUGCCUCCUCCCCAGCGCCCCCUCCCCAGAGGCUCUCCCCAGCAUCUUUCCUCCCCAUGAUGUUCCCUCCCCAGCCUCUUCCCUGCCCCACAUUAUGUCCUGUGGGUCCUGUCCUCCCCUGCCUUGUGCUAGUUGGGAUCAGCUUACUGGAGGCCCACCACCUGUCCUUGCAUAAGUAGUUCUGAAGCGAGUGGGUAGUAGUCUUGCCUGAGUGUAAUUCUGAACAUGGGCGGUGCGGUGAGUGCUGGAGAGGACAACGAUGAGCUGAUUGAUAAUCUGAAGGAAGCCCAGUAUAUCCGGACGGAACUGGUAGAGCAGGCUUUCCGUGCUAUUGAUCGUGCAGAUUAUUAUCUUGAAGAGUUUAAAGAAAAUGCCUACAAGGACUUGGCAUGGAAGCAUGGAAACAUUCACCUCUCCGCCCCAUGUAUCUACUCGGAGGUGAUGGAGGCCCUGGAUCUGCAGCCUGGGCUCUCGUUUCUGAACCUGGGCAGUGGCACUGGCUACCUCAGCUCCAUGGUGGGCCUUAUUCUAGGUCCUUUUGGUGUGAACCAUGGGGUGGAGCUACAUUCAGAUGUUAUAGAGUAUGCAAAGCAGAAACUGGACUUCUUCAUCAGAACAAGUGAUAGCUUCGACAAGUUUGACUUCUGUGAGCCCUCCUUUGUUACUGGCAAUUGCCUGGAGAUUUCCCCAGAUUGUUCUCAGUAUGAUCGGGUGUACUGUGGGGCAGGUGUGCAGAAAGAACAUGAAGAGUACAUGAAGAGUCUUCUCAAGGUUGGAGGAAUUCUGGUCAUGCCCCUGGAGGAGAAGUUGACCAAGAUAACGCGUAUAGGCCCUUCUGCUUGGGAAACCAAAAAGAUUCUGGCUGUUUCCUUCGCUCCUCUGGUCCAGCCCUGCCACUCGGAGUCAGGAAAGUCCAGACUUGUCCAGCUACCACCAUUGGCUGUCCGCAGCCUCCAGGACUUGGCCCGCAUUGCCAUCAGGGGCACCAUCAAGAAGGUCAUUCAUCAGGAAGCAGCGAGCAGAAGUGGAAGUGGACUGAAGAACACGCCUCGGUGUAAACGAAGGAGGGUCCGCCGCCGUAGAAUGGAAACAAUUGUCUUUUUGGACAAAGAGGUCUUUGCUAGUCGUAUUUCCAACCCCUCCGAUGACAACAGCUGUGAAGACUUGGAAGAAGAGCGGAGGGAAGAAGAGAAAACCCUGCCAGAGACCAAGCCAGACCCUCCAGUGAACUUCCUACGCCAGAAGGUCCUGAGCCUCCCUCUGCCAGACCCCCUGAAAUACUACCUGCUUUAUUACAGAGAAAAAUAAACUUCUAUUUGAAGGGAGAAAGCGAGGAAGAGCCGAUUGGAGUCUGAUUGUACCGUCUGAGGUGUCUCCUGGGAGCAGAUGCUGUGGGAAGGGACUGCUGUACUCAUCCGUGUCGUAGUUUUCUUUUUCUUUGUGUCUCUAAAGUUCUGAUUCAGUGCUGUGAUAUCUUUAAACAUGAUCUGACAGGAUGUAUGCUGCAUAGAAGAGUGUUUUCCUCAAGUCAGGCGGUUUGGUUUAGCUCUGCUAAAACACUGAAGUGCAGCAGAGACGAUGUUCUGCCGACUGCCCCCCUCCCCCAUCCCCUGCAGGUGCAUGCACACAUCAAAGUGCACCUGAAGCAGAAUUGCCUGUGGGAGGUGAAGCUCAACUUUGUAAAUAUAUGAAAUCUUUUCUCAGUGUGAUGUAUCACUGCCCAGGUUUGAAUUUUAUGGUAUUGGCCUCUUAAUUACUGGCACUGAGUUCUGCUGAACUUGGUUUUCUAGAGGGGAGACAUUAUUGAAACACCCUCCCUUAUUUCAACCAACUUAAUUAAAUCUUAUGUGAGUUGUCAGCUGUAAUUUUUGAAAGGAAAAAUUGUGUGUGGGGGAGCAGGAAUAAAAACAUCAAACUGCCAGCUGUCUUUUUGGAAUUUCAAAGAACUUCCAAGAGUGUUUUUCUGACCCCUUUUGCUACCUGAAUUGUAAAGAACCACUGUCAUGUGAUUUCCUGAAGCAUAUCCUGAAAACAAAACAAGCUCUUUAUUUACAUGUGUAAGUAAUACAUCAAGUUGCUUCUGCCCUGCCCAUCGGGAUGAUGAUUUAUCUCACGUCUUUAAAGACUAUGAUGGAUUCCAUGGUGUUGGGUUGCCCAGUCCUCAGCAGGUAGAAAGUAAAUUAGGGAGCAUUGCAGACAGCUUGUGCUGCUCGACUUCAGUUUGCUGUCUCUCUGUGAUCACAUUAGAGUAUUGAUUCAUAGAUUUAUCUUUUAUAAUUCUAGAGAAAAAGAGAUUUGUUAGUUUUGUAAGUUUUCUUAACAGAUGUAUGUAUUUUGGUAGCUCCAUUGCAUUAGAACAGUUCAGCUCAGUGAUUUGUGAGAUCCACCUUCUCUAGGCCUUGUUUUGAGAGCUUUCUAUCAAGUUGUGGGUCUAGCAGUCAGAUGGCAAAAUGAUUUGAAGUUACUGAUUCCAUUGCUGAUUCUAAAACAUUGGCUGUUGUUAAAGAUUUUUUUUUUUUUUACCCAAAGAAUAGACUAGUGUAAACUGUUAAUAAUGAGUGCAUGUGCUGACGUAGGGUCAAGUGUCCCGGUGUUGGUUCAUCUUCCCCGGCAUGAGCUGACUCACAGGGAGGCCUUUGCUGUCUCUCUAGGUAUCGUAGCUUGACUGGUUAUUUUGGAUCUUUUCUGCUUUUUGAUUUUUAACACAAUAUAGUCUGCAUGUGUAGCUGGGAAAACAUAUUACCCUAGAUUGGUAAAUAUACACUCGUUAAAGAAAGUCAGUUUAUAGUUUUUACCUGCCUUGUAACUCAGAACCAGGCUUCAUUGUUUCAGAGAGAAAUGCAUGAUUUAAGUUUAUUUGCUGAUACUUUGUAGUUUGCAGAUCCUGUUGACACUAUUCUCACUGACGUGUAGGCUUCUCUGUACAUGGAAAUCUGUGGACAUGAUAUUAAAGAAUGAUACCUGUGAAAUGUUACAUUAGGUGGCUUGGCUGAUUUUCCCCCCUAUAAUUAUAUAUGGAGUGCAUUUUUUAAAAACCACGUUUGCCUUUAUGCUAGAUUAUAAAAAUCACUAUAAUACAUAAGAGAUGUUUCCCCUAUAUGUUAAACUUUUUGUAGCAUUUUGUGUUUGUAUUUUGUUGGUUUGUGAUUUUUAAACCAGAAUUCAGUUAAAAAUAUAGUUGUAAUAUAUGUGAGAAAUAGGUUGGUGUAAAGGAAAAUUGUAAGUAAGUUUUCUUGUGAUUAAGCACCUCACACCAGAAUUCACCAUAACACACACUUUGUUUCCAGAGGUGUCGUCCUGUAGUUGUCAGCAAGGCCGUACCGUCGUGUCCUGAUGGCUCUUUACUGUUAGGGUCUGUGUUUUCACACAACUUAUCUUGAAAAGUGGUAAAAGCCAUAGAUCUGUGCACAACAAGUAUGUAAUAUGAGAGUCAGCAUGUACAUAAAAAUCCUUUCUCCAGCCUGGAGAUCCAAGAAAUUUGAAACAGUGAUUUUAAUGAGCUGACAUACAUGAAUAAACACAGUGAAUAAUAAAGGUAGUUAUGAUGUUUUACUCUCA